UUUUUUUUUUUUAUUUGCCAGUGAUGGGGGAGGGUAACUUUUUUCCAUAGAACUAGGGGAAAAUGAGCUCCUGUCCUUAUUUAGGAAUUGAAGACACCUUCAGGACAGCUGCCACCGAAGUGAGUCUGCUGGCAGGAAGUGAAGAGUUCAAUGCCACCAAACUGUUUGAAGUUGACACUGACAGCUGUGAGCGGUGGAUGAGCUGCAAGAGCGACUUCCUAAAGAAAUACAUGCACAAGGUGAUCAACGACCUGCCCAGCUGCCCAUGCUCCUACCCCACCGAGGUGGCCUAUAGCACGGCCGACAUCUUCGACCGCAUCAAGCGAAAGGACUUCCGCUGGAAGGAUGCCAGCGGGCCCAAGGAGAAGCUGGAGAUCUAUAAGCCCACGGCCAGGUACUGCAUUCGCUCCAUGCUCUCCCUGGAGAGCACCACGCUGGCUGCCCAGCACUGUUGCUAUGGCGACAAUAUGCAGCUCAUCACCCGGGGCAAAGGGGCGGGGACGCCCAACCUCAUCAGCACUGAGUUUUCAGCGGAGCUCCACUACAAAGUGGACAUCCUGCCCUGGAUUAUCUGCAAGGGCGACUGGAGCAGGUAUAACGAGGCCAGACCUCCCAACAAUGGACAGAAGUGCACGGAGAGCCCCUCAGACGAAGAUUAUAUCAAGCAGUUCCAAGAGGCCAGGGAAUAUUAAAAGAGACGCCAGUUCUGGUGUUGGUGACACAAACACACUGCACUGAUCGGCAGCCUGGCACAGUCCCUCUUUCCCAUAUGCGUGUAUAUUUGUAUAUACCAUGUGAGUAUUUGUCAUAAGUUACACUAGGGGUGUGCACCAGGCCCUUGUGACUGCCAUCUGACGCCACUGUGGCCGUCUGCAAUGUCUACAGAACUCCUUGGAGCUCUUUCUAGGGAUGAUGUCCACAGGCAGAUGGGGACAAAGAAGCCAGAGGAGCAACCUGGAAGCCAUAGGGGGUGGGAUGCAACUCAUACCCUGGAUCCCUGUUUCCAAGAAAAGCAAAAGAGCAAAGAGACUGAAGUUGUAAACGUUAUAAGCAGUUUUUAUAUAUAACUUAUUUAAUAUGAAUGUGACUUAUGCGUAACCUUUUCUCUGGAGUUGUCACCGCGAAACUACUUAAUCACUUCCAUGAGAAUUCAGAAAGGGACUUAGGUAGGUGGAAGAGAAAGGGAAUUUUGUAAUAAUGACUUGUUUAAAAAAAGAAAUAAUUCAAUGGAAAUAUAUUAAAACAAGGAAAUGCCCACCUUAAACUAGAUGUUACUUAGCUGUGAGGUACCUUGCUGAAAUCUCAGCUUCCAAAAUGCACUUGCCUCAGACUGGGUAGGGGGUGGAUAUAUUUAGAAGCAAAUCUGAGGCCUGGUUCUGGUUCUGGCUUUAAAAUAAGGCCAAUAUUAGCACAAUGCUAUGAUUCUACUAAAAGACACCCAGAAUGGCAGGAUUUCUGCUCAUGCCUUAAUAGGUUCAGAAGGCUUCAGGAAGGUCAGACAUAAAAACAAGGAAUAGCACUUUUUUCCAAAUAGAAAAAUACAAAACAAUGGGGAAAAGGACAUGAAUCUUAUUUCAUCUAUUUUCUUUUAAUAUCAUCUUAAUUUUUUUCUCCACCAUUAUAUUCCUAGUAAAUAAAUAUAAAAGAGAGGAGGAAAGCAAUCCUCAUUGUUUUCUGUUUUAAGAAAGGGAAAAAAAAACUGCAUUAUUUUUGUAAAGUAUUUAUUGAGUCAUUUAGUCUUGUGCAUCAAGCAAUUGUAAUAUGACCUCGUCCUGUAGGGUAGAACUUAGAGCAAAUAAAGAGUUGGUUCUUAUGCAAUCUUUACUUGCAGAACUCCAGGAAAAGAGAUUAUAUAAUAAAAUCAUAAAUAAAAUGCUUUACCUGCA